AUGAUGCACGUGAUGGUUCACUUGCCAGAAGAGGCAUUACUUGCUGGUCCUGUCAACUAUCGCUGGAUGUAUCCAAUAGAAAGGCUUCUCGGAGAGCUGAAAAAAAGUGUACGCAACAGGGCGAAGCCCGAAGGAUCAAUCGUAGAGGCUUGGGUUCAAUAUGAGUCGCUUACUUUCUGCGGAAUGUAUUUAAAAGAUGUGGAGACGGUUUUCAAUCGUCCUCAGCGCAAUCAUGAUGGAGGUAUGAGAAAUGAAAAACUUUCUGUUUUUGCCCAAAGCGCACGACCCUUCGGAGAUCCUGGACGCGGAGAGUCGUUUUCUAGAAAUGACAUGGAGGUAGCGCAUUGGUUCGUACUGAACAAUUGUGAUGAGAUCAUGGGAUACUUAUAUGAGCAUGAAGAGAUGAUGAAGCGAGAACAUCCAUCACAUUUGGUUGCCAGAAACACCGUGAAUAAGUUGAAAUCAUCGAAUUCCCCAACUUACAGUGAUGAGUUAUAUAACUUGGCGUUUGGCCCGAUUCGCGUUGAAUUGUUCUCGGGUUGUAAUGUCAACGGUGUCAAAUUUUUGGCCGAAGCACGAGAUGACAAGUUGUGUACGCAAAACAGCGGUGUCCAUGUCCCAGGUGGAGGCGAAAGUACGGACAUUGAUUUCUAUGGCAAACUCACAACUGUCGUGCAAUUGCUUUACAAAGAUCGAUACCAAGUGAUCAUGUUUAAGUGUCGAUGGUUUGACACCAACCCAAAUAGGCCGGGAAGUGUUAAAUCGAUCAUGGCUUACUAUCUGUGA